CUACCUCGAUUUCCACCUUUUUUUAAAAAACCCACAAUCAUUACUUUCCUUGUGUUUAUCUUGCCGCCCCGCUUCUGCGCUCCAGCACUUGGUCUGACGUGACACAGCUGAAGCAUCCUUCCGCCGCUGACGGGCUGGAUUGGACGUGGGACCUCCUGGUUCUAGCCUAGACUUCUGACUCUGAACUCUUGACUCCAGAUGUAUCUUCUGUCAGCUUCGUUGUGACUCUAUUAAAAGGUGUCGAAACGCUUCAUCAGCGCGUUUCUGUUCUCUUAUAUCCAUGCGGGAUCGACAUCAGCCUUAUGUAUAGAUCGCCAGUGCCCACUGAAACCAAGAACGCAAGAACGCAAGAACGCAAGAAUCGAACCAUCCUCUAUAAAGAUCGUCGCUAGCUCGCUCUCGAUGCGCUCCCUGCUUGUCGGUCGAGGCUGAAUUUUCGUGGAUAAUGCUCUUCAACCUCGGCAUGACAGCUGAUGCCGCUGCCGCUCAUAACAGCGAGCUCGCUAGCCCUGAAACACAGCUCCCCAUGCCUUCUCGCCACUCGUCGCCUCGUCCGUUCUCAUUCACCAAUCUACCUUCUUGGGGAUUGGGCAGUCGGUUCAGCGCCGAUAAGCCCGCAGAUCCAGAAAGACCGCGAUUUGAGCAACGUCGGUCAAUGCCAAUCACCGCUAUCGAGCCUAGAUCUUCAAGCGAUGAAGAUCUGCACUCAACCGCUGUACCUCCACCAGUUCGCCAACUCAACCAGCAUAAACACCACAAGCCGCCUGCGUCUUCACGGCCGAAAACUACAUACCAGCUAGCCCAUCCGGCGACCAAUGCGCGCCAUAAACGGCUGAAGUUGAGGCCGAAGCUUCUCUUACAACUGCAGCGAGUUUCGCCAGCAUCGCGACCGGUGCCUGUCUUCGAUGUUUUACCGUCAGCCUUGUUCAUGCCACGAUUGGCCCGGAAAGUCCCUGCGGCCUUGCGCGGCAAGCGGGGAUUGGGCCCAAAUGAUUUGAUAGUCACCACUAGCGAUCUAUAUCAGCCUAUGCUCGAAGUGCCAGACAAGAACCUGAGCUCGGACGAGGAGAAUGGGGAUCACCGUGAAGUAGUAGCGACAAUCUGCCAGCCUUGUAAGGAGGACGCUUUGGCUAAAGGGAAGGCAGAAAUCUGCCUGAACUCUGGGACCGUAUGGGAGGCUACGCCUCUUCCGAAUGGUUCCUACGAAUUUGCUGCCAAUACGGACUCGGGACUCAUGGUUUUGCGAUGGGUACGGCGCGGACCAAAGAAGCGCCGCGUAUCAGCACCUCCUGGCUCUGUCUUCCCGGAAGAUAGUUGCCGCUUUACAUUCAGUGUUAUCGACCCCACUACUCGCCGACACCCAGUCAUCGCAUCAAUGACUCGAAACCACCUUGAGGUAUACGACAGGUACUCACUACCAAGCACUGCCCCGUCUUCUCCUACAUCUGCUGCUUUGUCGGUCAUCAGCGAUGGCUCCGAGAUGGAUUUGGCAUUGGACCAGCAGGUAAUGGAAACCGAUGAGAAACUCCGCUUGUUGAUCACCAUUACUAGCAUCUGGGUUGCUUUCCGGGAGGGUUGGUCACACAGUUUUCGCUACAAUGAUGCUCCGCUUAACGGAAAGGCCACCCGCUCCACUAGCGCUUCGAGAAAUGUGUCAGCACCAACCCCGGGAGAAGAGGAGGCCCAUAAGCCAGCAUCAGGGGACCCGAGCAGGCGUGUAGUGACCUGGACCGCCGCAGCCUCCCAACCACCCGCAUCAGACCGGUCGACUCAGUUUGGCAGCUUAUCUAAACGAUCCAACUCCACUGGAACGGCCUUUCUUGAUAGAGCCAACAGGCGUCAUUCAUCAAUGAAUCGGCAGAGCGUAGCCAGUCCUCGCCAGUCGUAUGAGGGGUCGCCAGAGCCUAAAGCUAUCAGACUUAACUCGGCACACAGAUCCGGAUCGCAGCAGCAAGAAGUUCGCGAGAAUACCAAACUUGAGUCAACGCCUGUCACUCCAAAAGCAGCGCAUCGUUCUAAACAAGAGGGCCGCCAAAUAUCGAUUGAUGGCCAACUGGAAUCUCCGCGUCCCAAAGGGAAGCGUCGACACCGGCUCAGCAACCUUUUUGAUUUCCUUAUUCGAAAAAGCGGGCAUCACCAUCAAUAAACCCGCAUAUUAUACAUGCAAAAGUUUUGUUGUGUCAAAGUUUCUUGCACAAUGUGAUAUUCUCGCCCCUGAGGGGAGGGAAGGAAUCUGUUGAACAGUAUCAAUAUUGCCUAUAGUUGUGACACGCCUGGUGCAGAUGUCCCUGUUUGGUAUAUACAGUGUUCCGCCGGCGAGAUCCUUCUCUCCGAAAGGGAAUCUCUCCGCUUUUUUUUGUGUAUUUCAGCGUUGCAUCUUCAGCCAUGUGGGCUUCUCCAUCUCAGCCAUCCUUAUGCCAAUAUUUCAAUGAUGUACAUAUUAGCGAUAUAGCCCUGCACGUUAUGACAAACUCAAAGACUCUCAACUAUUGACUCA